UGGUACUGCCAAUUCCUACACUAACUCUAAAGAAAAAAUGUGUUUUAUAGUGUUCUUCGACAUUGAUUCAUAGAUGGCGCCGUUUACAAACGUCAAAGAGGUUAUGUUGUUAUUUGUUGUUAAAAAUGUUUGAUUUUUACACGGAAACUUGCUGUAUUUGCCUUGAAAAUAACACAAAUUUGAUAAAUAUAAUCCAUAGCGACGAAAACGGCGAAAAUUACUUUGAUAAGUUGGAGUUAUUAGUGCCUGAUUUAGGUUGGUCUGUAAGGUUUAAUUUGUGUAUUAAAUGCUGCGAAGGGUUAAAUGAAGCACAUACAUUCGUGAAGAAGUGUGUGAAGAGUGAAAAUACAAGAAAAGAUAAUAUUCCUUUAAGUGAGAGUUUAGGAGUGAAAAUUAUCAAAUUUGACGAAAAUUUGAAGGAGGAAGUUAAGGAAGAGGAUGUGGAGGAGUUUAAAUGUGAGGAAUGUGAUAAGAUUUUUAAGUCUGUCAAAGCUGUAAAGUCGCAUAUCACAAAAAUACAUAAAAAACCUAAAAGUGAAGAAAAUGUUGAAAAUAUAGUGGAAAAUAAGGAGGAAAUAAAUGAUUUUGAGGAUGCAGCAGAUAACUUUAGUGAUAAUACUGAUUUUGAGGAUUAUAACCCCCCAAAAGUAAAGGUUAAAAAGGAACGUAAAGUUCGAACAAAAAUUAAAUUGCCUGUAAAAUGUGAGUACUGUGGUAAGGAUUUUAAUAGAAAGCAACAUUUGCUGGCGCAUAUACGUUGUUUGCAUACUUUUGAAAAACCUUAUGCUUGCGAUAUUUGCGAUGCCAAGUUCUCGUUAUCCCACAGUUUGUUGGUACACAAACGCAGGCAUAAUGACGAUCGCAGGUACGUUUGCACAUAUUGUGGCAAGAAAUUUUUGUGUAGUACAGACUUGGUGCACCACAACAAGAUUCAUUUGAACAAACGAGAGUAUAAAUGUGUGCCAUGCAAUAAGAGUUUCAAUACUAUUUCGGUGCUGCAGAUACAUAAAAAAUGCGUACAUACUCCAAGUGAGCUGUGGAAACAUGUGUGUUCGUACUGCGAGAGGAGAUUUCCCAUUAAAAGCAGCCUGACGGCCCAUCUACGUCGACACACAGGCGAAAAAAACUUCUCUUGCAAUAUUUGCGGCAAGUCUUUUUACGACAAAAAAAUGGUGGAAAACCACUACAGAAGUCAUACCGAUGAAAGGUUAUUUAAGUGCCACCUGUGCGAAAAAGAUUACAAAGAUCGUGGUGGUUUGAACCUACACUUAAAAAAAAUCCACAAUAUCGGCAACGCCACUAUCCCACCCCCUCCUCCGAAAAAAUUUGGCUGUCAUUUAUGCCCGAAAGCGUUUUCCUCUAGAGGAAAACUCCAAAAACACAUUUGCACUCACACUGGGCAAAAAAUGUUCAAUUGCCACCUGUGCGACAAAAAAUUCAACGAUUCCUGGUAUAAAAAGGUUCACCUGCAAAAAAAACACAACUUGACUCUCACAAACGAAGAUUUGAAAAAUCUGAGUCAGGUUCAUCAGGAAGUUCCGCCGCUUGUUGUGAUACAGACCCCGGUCGUCGGUGUGCCGCAAGGUUCCGUUCACAGCCCCCUGGACGUGCAACAUGUUGUUAUGCAACCGGUGAUGCAAGUACCACCCGGUCAUACAUCAGCUUUUUAAGUUUUUAUUACGGUUUUAUUGUGUAUAUGAUUGUAUAUAUUUUUAUAACUAUCUA